AUGAUAGCCAAUCAGAUCCUGCUCCCGCUCCUGAUGCUCUCGAUCCCGCGGCCCAGCGCUGCCCUUCCUCUGACGCCUGGGAAUAUUGGGAAUGUGUUUGGGACGCCGGAGAGCGACGGCAAGAUCCUCCAGCGCUCCAAACGUGGAUGGAUGUGGAAUCAGUUCUUUCUGCUGGAGGAAUACACGGGAAAUGACCAUCAGUAUGUCGGCAAGCUGCACUCCAACAUGGACAAAGGCGACGGCAACGUGAAGUACGUCUUGACCGGAGACGGGGCGGGCACCCUGUUCCUGAUCGACGAGAAGUCCGGGGAUAUUCACGCCACCAAGAGGCUGGACCGAGAGGAGAAAGCCAUGUACACGCUGCACGCCAAGGUCCUGGACAGGAACACCAACAGCGAGCUGGAGCCCGACACCGAGUUCAACAUCAAAAUCCACGACAUCAACGACAACGCGCCCAAGUUCGCGAAGGAAAUCUACUUCGCCAGCGUCCCCGAGAUGUCCGAAGUUGGUACAUCUGUUGUCACGGUAACCGCCACUGAUGCCGAUGAUCAAACAUACGGGAACAGCGCCAAGCUCGUGUACAGCAUCCUGCAGGGACAGCCCUAUUUCUCUGUGGACUCCGAAAACGGCACUAUUAAGACCGCCCUAUCCGCCAUGAACAGAGAAGUGAAAGAGAACUACCAGGUUGUGAUCCAGGCCAAAGACAUGGCCGGACAGAUGGGGGGGCUCUCGGGUACCACGACGGUCAGCAUCACGCUCUCCGACGUCAACGACAGCCCGCCGCGCUUUGCUAACCAUUCCUUCCGCGUGACCGCCGUGGAGUCCACGGACAUCGGAGGCGCCAUCGGACGCAUCAAGGCCGACGACCCAGACAUCGGACGCAACGCCGAGAUGGAGUACAGCAUCGUGGGCGGUCACGACACGUUCAACAUCAUCACCGACCAAACCACGCAGGAGGGCGUUAUCAUCAUUGAGAAGGCGCUGGAUUACGAAAGUAAGAGGGACUACGAGUUCAGAGUGGAGGUGAAGAACACGUUCUUGGAUGUCAGGUUCAUCAACGGCCUGCAAUUCAAAGACUACGCCACGGUCAAGGUGACGGUGGAGGACGUGGACGAGCCGCCCACCUUCACCAGGAACCCUUACAUCAUCGAGGUGCACGAGGACACGGCCGCCGGCAGCUUCGUCGGCGUGGUGUCGGCCCGCGACCCCGACGCCGACAACAAGCCGGUCAAAUACUCCAUCGACCGGCACACAGAUCUGGAGAGGCUGUUCAACAUCGACUCCAUAAACGGCACGAUCACGACGCUGAAAGCACUCGACAGAGAGAUGUCCAAAUGGCACAACAUCUCAGUGGUGGCCACCGAAAUAAACAACCCCCGUCAGACCACUCGAGUGCCGGUGUUCAUCAAGGUGCUGGACGUCAACGACAACGCCCCCGAGUUCGCCAUGUCCUACGACACCUUCGUCUGCGAGAACGUCAAAGCGGGACAGCUGAUUCAGACGAUAAGCGCCGUUGACACCGACGAACCCCUCGUUGGACACAAGUUCGUCUUCAGCAUAAGUGCCACCAAUCCAAAUUUCACCAUCGUGGACAGAGAAGACAACACCGCCAACAUCCUGACGCGGAGGGGAGGCUUCAGCCGGCGCGAGAUGAGCAUGUACUUCCUGCCCGUGGUGAUCUCCGACAACGACUACCCGAUCCAGAGCAGCACCAGCACGCUGAUCGUGCGCGUGUGCGCCUGCGACAGCCGCGGGAACAUGCAGUCGUGCAACCCCGAGGUCCUGCCCUUCUCAGAUGGUCUCACAACUGGAGCUCUGGUGGCCAUACUGCUCUGUGUCAUCAUCCUCCUCAUGAUCGUGGUGCUGUUUGCCGCCCUGAGGAGACAGAGGAAGAAGGAGCCUCUGAUCAUCUCCAAAGAGGAUGUCAGAGACAACGUUGUCAGUUACAACGAUGAAGGGGGCGGAGAGGAGGACACUCAGGCCUUUGAUAUCGGCACGCUGCGCAACCCGGAGGUGAUGGAUGCUAACAAGCUGCGCAGGGACAUCAUACCCGAAAUGCUGUUUCCCUUUCGGAGGACAUCACCGAUAAAGGAUAACACGGAUGUCAGAGACUUCAUUAACGGUAGGCUGCAGGAGAACGAUUCGGACCCCACGGCGCCGCCCUACGACUCCCUGGCCACGUACGCGUACGAGGGCAGCGGGUCGCUGGCGGAGUCCCUCAGCUCGCUGGAGUCGGCCGCCACCGAGGGGGACCAGGAGUACGAUUAUCUCAGCAACUGGGGACCACAGUUCAAAAAGCUGGCAGAGAUGUACAUAGGGAAGAGCCCCGACAGAGAGACCUAG